UUGGUCAAUGCAACCAAGCCCACGCUGACCCGGAAGUGGCAACUAGUCACGCCGGUUGGAAGCUUUGCUAUACUUAGAGCUAUACAUAGAGCUGACCAUGGCUGCUGCCGGCAGAAGUAUCGUAUUCGUAACAGGGAACGCUAAAAAGCUGGAAGAGGUAAUUCAGAUUCUUGGAGACAAAUUUCCAUGCAAAUUGGUGGCUAAGAAAAUUGACUUGCCAGAGUAUCAGGGAGAACCAGAUGACAUUUCAAUUCAGAAAUGUAAGGAGGCUGCAAAACAGAUUCAAGGCCCAGUUAUCGUAGAGGAUACUUGCUUGUGUUUUAAUGCUUUGGGAGGUCUUCCUGGACCUUAUAUAAAAUGGUUUCUUGACAAGAUAAAACCCGAAGGGCUGCACCGAAUGUUAGAAGGAUUUGAGGACAAGUCGGCCUUUGCUCUGUGCACAUUUGCUUAUUUCAAUGGAAAUCCAGAUGAUAGUGUUCUUCUUUUUAGAGGCAAAACUAUGGGGCAGAUUGUGUAUCCAAGAGGCCCAAGGGACUUUGGAUGGGAUCCUUGUUUCCAGCCUGAUGGGUUUGAACAAACUUAUGCUGAGCUCCCUAAGGAAGUAAAGAAUACAAUCUCUCAUCGGUAUCGUGCUUUAAAAGAAAUGUCUGAGUAUUUCAUCCAAAAUGGCACAGAUGUUUGAUGCCUAAGGUUUUCUAUAAAACAUCCCUAUAUUGUAAAACUGUGACACAAAAACUUGGACAUUUGUUGCACCCCAGCUCUGAAGAAAGACUACAUUGAGUAUUGUGGAGAGUAUCAUUGCUAACUUUAGAUGGUGAUGCUAGUGGUAUAGCCUAAUAAAUUUUUUAAUAUUUUUACAUAAAC